AUAAAGAUAAAAAAAAAAAAAAACUUGAAACUUCCGGGUCAACACUAAUCCGAACACUUGUGUGUUGUUAUUUAAUUUGCUAGCCGUACAUUUGUGAUUAAAGAAGACUCGAGAAUCCAGCCCCGCAGACGUUGAAGGGACAACAUGGCGACCACCAUCAGCACUCAGCGGGGACAGGUGUAUAUUGGGGAGCUUCCCCAGGACUUCCUGCGGAUCACUCCCACCCAGCAGCAGCAGCAGGUGCAGCUGGACGCCCAGGCAGCCAGGCAACUGCAGUAUGGAGGCUCAAUAGGCACCGUGGGGCGGCUCAGCAUCACGGUGGUCCAGGCCAAGCUGGCUAAAAACUAUGGCAUGACACGGAUGGAUCCGUACUGUAGGAUCCGACUGGGCUACGCAGUCUACGAGACGCCGACCGCUCACAACGGAGCCAAGAACCCACGGUGGAACAAGGUUAUUCAGUGCACAGUGCCUCCUGGGGUGGACUCCUUCUAUCUGGAGAUCUUCGAUGAGAGAGCAUUUUCCAUGGACGACAGGAUAGCAUGGACACAUGUGACCAUCCCUGAAGGCCUGAGGGAGGGCAGCGUGGUGGAUGAGUGGUUCAGCCUCAGUGGCAGGCAGGGCGAUGACAAGGAGGGCAUGAUCAACCUGGUCAUGUCUUUUGCUUCGUUACCAGCAGGGAUGAUGACUCAGCCUGUCGUCCUAAUGCCCUCUGUGUAUCAGCAAGGAGUCGGAUAUGUGCCCAUUGCAGGAGUGCCUACAGUCUACAACCAGGGCAUGGUGCCCAUGGCAAUGCCGGCAACCAUGCCAGCUGUUGGGGUCCAGGGGCCGGUGUGCAGCGAGGAGGACCUGAAGGCUCUGCAGGAAAUGUUCCCCAACGUGGACAAGGAAGUGGUUCGCACUGUGCUGGAUGCACAGCAGGGCAACAAGGACGCUGCCAUCAAUUCUCUGCUGCAAAUGGCUGAGGAGCUCUAACUGCAAAACACAAGCUCACAGUGGACAUCCCAACACACACACACACGCACACGUGUAUGCAUGCAGCCUUCCCACACACACACACACACACACACACACACACACACACACACACACACACACACACACACACACACACACACACACACACACACACACAGAGAGUCCUCCCACAGUGUGGUUGUGACUGCAGCCACACCUGAGCUCCCUCCAGCUCCAGCAGCUGGUAGCAACAGAGAUCAGCAUCCUCUCCCUUCAUUGACUUUGGCCUAACAGUACAUGAAGCCUGGCCUUUCUCUGCUAACACACAGCUGUCUGUCACUGGAUCCUCAGAGCAUCGCAACAACUGUCUCCACCUUUGGUUUUAACUGUCACUGUUUAAGAUCAACAGCAGAUUUACUUUAAAUCAGGAUUAUUAAGUAGAGGCUCAAACAAAACAUUCAAUCGGCAGGAGUGUGACUUGAUGGGUAAAAAUCAUUUUUUGUUUCUCAAUUGUUUCAGUAACACAAUCUCUCACUGUAUCCCCCCCCCACUUCCACUGAUUCCAGGGUUUGAUUUGCACAGUUUGAGCUGCAGAUUCACGUUCAGAGUCCAUCCUGUUUAUGUUGUUGUUGCUAGUGUGUGGAGAACCUGUCGUGUGUAGUAACCUGCAGUGAUCUUCUUCUGUUUCAUAUGUAGCUGUAAAAUGUAAAGUGCAUUUGAAAUCUGAUAAAUUAUUAUGGAAGUAUUUAAUUAUAUAGAAAUCUACAUGGUGAUGAGAGAAUUGAGAACAAAUGACCAGAGGGGUUUGAGGUUUAGAGGAAAAUAAACACUGAACUGUUAAGUCAUCUGUCACAGUGAGAACAGUUUUGAUGUAACUCAUUUGUAAAGUGCAGUGAGGAUGUGAAGAGUUGAUGUUAUAAAGAAAAAUCCUGUGUAGUCACUUUUUUAAUCAAGUGUAAAGAUGCAGUGUGCAAUCCAGAUGUUCUGAAACUCAGCAGGAUGUUGUGUAGCUUUUGAGACCAAAACAUUUCUAUCCAGGUGAAGUGAAGAACCUGAACAGAGUAAUUAAAUCCAUUUUUAUUGAGCUACAUAUCUACGGCUGUUUUCAGAAAUAUUUUCCCCUCUGAGCAGUCAGGCCUAAUAUGACAGUGACCAGACUUUUAUGAAGUGUUUCCUGAAUGUUGAUGGUCCCCAGAAGCAGACUCCUACCUUCACUUUAGUGCCACCAUCAUGUUGAAACUUGUACAUGAAGAUAAAGAAAACAGAUGUGCUUUCUAGUUGUCUGUCUGUGCUGUACAGCAGCUUGUAACACCACAAGCUUUAAGUGUUGUUUUUCAGCCACAGUUUUUGUGUGUGUUGUAGUUAAAGCUUUCUAUUGACACUUGAAGGUUUCAAGAUCUUGUUGUUAAUGUGCUUUCUGCCAAAGGUUCAUUUUAGAUUUGUUGUCUCCUUGUGACUUUUUCACUUCUGGUUCUCCAAAACUAUCGCUGUAGAGAUUCUUAAAAUGUCAGUCAUU